UUUUUUUUAUUAAGAAUUGGUUUGGAAACAUAGUGUAAACAAAAACUUUUCCAUAUAUUUGCUCCCGCAUAUUUUUCUUCCCUUUACUUUGCUUCCAAAAUCGCAAAAUUCUAGUCUGUUAUUGCACAAAGAGACUAUUUAGGUCGAAUGAGAAUUAAUUUGAACAUGAUAUAUGUGUGUCCGCCCAAAACACCUUAUUACCUAGCGUGUUGGGAAAAAAAAAACAUUAAAUUGACUAGUGUUCCUUAGCAAGAUUUAAAACUCUUUAAAUUAAUGAUUUUGCCAUCUAUAAAUUUAGCGGAUAUUGCAUGAGAGAAGAAACAAGAUUGGUGACUCUGUCUCUAAAUCUAGUGAUCAAUAUUAUUAUCAUGGCAAAAUAUUCAUUCAAUAAGCCGCAACUUUAUUGUUUGACAAUUGUUGUGUUCAUUUCAUCUCUUGCUAUCCCUUCUGAUUGUAUCCGUCAACUUCAUCAAGAAACAACAAGAAAUCAUGCAACCCUUAUCGUGUUUGGUGAUUCUUUGUUCGAUCCAGGAAACAACAAUUACAUUAACACAACCACUCAUUUUCAGGCCAAUUUUCUUCCUUACGGUGAAACUUUCUUCAAACAUCCAACUGGGAGAUUUUGUAAUGGCCGCACCAUUCCUGAUUUUAUUGCUGAAUUUGCCAACUUGCCUUUAAUUCCGCCAUUCUUGGAACCCCAUCAUCAUCAUCAUCAUCAUCAUCAUCAUCAUCAUCAUCAUCACCAUCAUCAUCAUCAUCAUCAGGUGGCUUAUGGCUACAAUUUUGCAUCUGCUGGUGCUGGUGCCCUUUCAGAAACUAAUUCUGGAUUGGUGAUUGAUCUUCACAAGCAAUUGAAGAAUUUCAAAAAAGUUAGGAACCACUUGAAGGCAAAACUAGGAGAAACUGAAAGAGACCAAGUGUUAGCAAAUGCUGUAAUUUUAUUAAGCAUUGGAAGUAAUGACUACUUAAGCCCUUCAACCUUAUUUGCAUCAUUUUCUCCGGACCAAUACAUUUCUAUGGUGAUUGGCAACAUUACUACUGCUCUUGAGGAAUUAUACAACAAAGGUGGACGAAAAUUCGGAAUUCUAAACUUAGGGCCGUUGGGGUGUUUACCGAUCGUCAGAGCACAAAACGUGGCCGGUGGUGGAGACGGAAGCUGCGACCCUCGGGCCAAUGCUGCGGCGGUGAGCCACAAUUCCAGGCUUGCCGCGAUACUCCUGCAACUGCAAGGGCAGCUCAAAGGCUUUCGAUAUUCACUCUUUGAUUCUUUCUCCGCUGUAUUGGAUGCAGAAUCGGAUCCAACAAAAUAUGGUUUAAAAGAAGUGAAGAGUGGAUGUUGUGGAACUGGUCCAUUCAGAGGGCUUUUUAGUUGUGGAGGAAAAAGAGAACCGAAAGAAUAUGAACUAUGCAGUGAUCCACAAGAAUACUUGUUUUGGGAUUCUAUUCAUCCUACUGAAGCAGCCAAUCAAAUUUCAGCCCAGGCAAUGUGGAACGGACCUCCUACCAUUACAGGCCCUUACAAUCUCCAAGCACUUUUUCACCUCACUUCCUAAGUUGCAGGGGAAGAAAUAACGAUUUUUCAGGAAAUUGCGAAGAUUAGUUCUGCAUCCGAAAAAAUAAAAAAUAAAAGUUCUUCAUGAAGUGCUCCUUUGAGUUCAUUCCAAUAAAAUUCAGAAACAAUCAAACGGGCAACCCACACAAUUGUUGGAUUUGAAUGAAGGAUCUUGGGGCCCCCCAAUUAGUUUGUUUGCAUGUGUGAGGUCUGAGACACAUUUUGGUGUCUGCGUAGACACAAUCUGUAACGCAUUUUACGAUUUUUCAACUUUUGGUGUGAUUUGCUUCAACUGUCUACUCAAUCACCUAUGAAACUAUACACUGAUCUAUAUGAGACAGGAAUUUAUUUCUAAACUUCACAUAGCGUAAACUAGCAUUUGUGAUCCUCCUUGUGACAUUAUAAUAGGUUCUUAGG